AUGUCGAGAAUACCAGAGAUUAGGCGAUCUCCAUUAGUGUCUUUAUUUCGAACGCUUACUUUUGGAAUUACUAUUGCUUUAUUCAUAAGAUAUGCAUUGGCCAAAUUGGAUAUAAAUAAGGUUUUGAACAUCAAACAACCAGACCUGAAUAUUUAUUUUGACCUUCCAAAUAGAACGAUAGGGGACUUUCCUGUAAGAGUUUAUGCAAUUGGUGAUAUCCACGGAGAUUUCAAUAACGCCCUCGACAUCCUUUCUGCUGCUGGAGUGGUAUCUCCAGUAUAUCCUUUUGAAUGGACUGCGGGUAAUGCAACCUUGGUCCAAACGGGAGACGUGGUUGAUCGUGGUCCGGAUACCAGAUUUCUUUUCAAAUGGUUUGAUGAAUUAAGCACCCAGGCAGAGCAACAAGGAGGACGAAUCGUUCGCUUACUUGGAAACCAUGAGUUUAUGAAUGCUAAGGGUGACUGGCGUUACGUUCAUUAUGGAGACCUUGUCUCAUACCCGGAACCCUAUAUAGAAAACCGUAAAUACGAUUGGGGACCUGAGGGGGAGAUCGGUGAUUUACUUAUAACUAAGUACAAUGUGACUUUUAAAGAUGAGACUAGCAGAUCCCAUUUUAUGCAUGCAGGAUUGUCUCCAGAAUGGGGUUUAAAAGAGGACUUUGUUAAUUCUAUGGGGCAUGAAGUCUUGGAGAUGUUUAUGAAAGCUGAAGAAUUACCGGAUGAAUUGAAGGGAUUUUGGGGGAUAAAAGGCCCUAUGUGGUACAGAGGAUAUGCUCAACUUCCUAUGGAAAUUGCUUGCGAAGUGGCAUCUAAUGUUACGAAGGCUUUAAAUGUUGAUCGUUUGGUCAUGGGGCACACGCCUCAGUUUUCAGGAAUUCGUAGUCGUUGCAAUGGCCAAAUUGUUUUGAUCGAUACUGGAUUGUCUACUGCAUAUUCGGGGGAACGUGCAGUGUUGCGAAUCCUUCAAAAUGAACGAACGAAUAUCGUAGAAGCUGUUUACAGAGAUCGUGUUGUUAAGCUAUAG